AUGCCGGAGGAGGCCGGACCAAACCGCGGCGCUGCCGCUCAGAACAAACAGACGGGAAUUCUAGCCGCAGCCAAAGUUAUUGACACAAAAACGGAGGAGGAGUUGGAGGACUACAUGGUUGAGAUCGACAUCCUGGCCUCCUGCGAUCACGAAAACAUCGUCCAACUGCUCGACGCUUUCUAUUUUGAGAGCAAACUCUGGAUCCUCAUUGAGUUCUGUGGAGGUGGGGCUGUGGAUGCAGUCAUGCUAGGUUACUCCUGUUGCCAGGCCAGCAGGGCCUCUGCCUCCUUGCUUGGUCGGGCCGCUCAACGGUCAGUCUCACAUGGUGACAGUGGUUUUCCUUUGGUUAAUUUCUGGCUUGUUCCAUGUCUUCCAGCUGACUUUGGUGUGUCGGCCAAAAACACCAAAACUUUCCAGAGGAGAGACUCUUUCAUUGGAACGCCUUACUGGAUGGCUCCAGAGGUGGUGAUGUGCGAGACGUCCAAGGACCGUCCGUACGACUACAAGGCGGACAUCUGGUCCCUCGGGGUCACCCUGAUCGAGCUGGCACAGAUUGAGCCGCCCAAUCACGAGAUGAACCCCAUGAGAGUGCUGCUGAAAAUAGCCAAGGCCGAUCCUCCAACCCUGAUGCAGCCGUCCCGCUGGUCCCCAGAGUUCAGUGAUUUCUUAAAGCGUUGUCUGGACAAGCAUGUGGACAACCGAUGGACUCCAACACAGCUGCUGCAGCAUCCAUUCGUGUCCAGUGUGAAGGACAGCCGGCCUGUGAGGGAGCUCAUCGCUGAGGCCAAGGCUGAAGUCACAGAGGAGUUCGAAGAACACAAGGAGGAAGAGGAGGAGGAAUACCCAGAGGCAAACCUGGGCCACAAACGCGGCCCCUCGGAUGUGAGCGUGGCCAGCUCGGAGGAUGAGAAGAUCCCCCUCUCUCCCUCCAUCUUGGAAUCCGUCCCUGAAAAGGUGGAGCCAGUUGUGCCCUUGCCCAGGCCCACUGAGCUCCCUGUGGACAACCAUGUGGUGGACACAAGCUUUGUGGAGGAGACCGCGGCCCCUGCAGCUGAGGAGCCCAUGGAGGAGAGCCCAAAAACUCCAGCUAAAGAUGAGGAAGAGAAAGCAGUGGAGGAAGAUGUUGCCUCCCCUGGACCAGAGCCAGAACCAGAGGCACCUGCGAAGGAAAUGCAGCAGCUGGAGAUCGCCGCUGAGGACGAGAAGGAAGUGGACACAGCCGAGGUUCCUCAAAGUCCAGAGGUCACUGAGGCUCCUCAGGAGGAAACCAUGGAGGAUCCAAUCACACCAGCAGAGGAGGAGGACGACGAGGAGCGGUACAAAAACCUCAAAGUGACAUUGACACUACCAGAGCAAGAUAAAGUGGUCCCAAAAGAACAGAAUGGAGAGAAGCCCUCAGAAAAGGAGAACGCAGAAGACGAGAAGACGGUUCCAGACAGAGCUAAGGAUGACAAAGAGAGGGAUUCAGACUCUGGGACUGGAUCUGCCGCAGAUAACAGCAGCGGGGACCUCAAUCUGUCCAUCUCCAGCUUCCUGUCCAAAACUAAAGAGCCUGGAUCUGUCUCCGUACAGGACAACAAGCGCCAUAAGAAGACGCUGAAAAAGACUCGCAAAUUCAUUGUGGACGGAGAAAAAGUUAGCGUUACUACAUACAAGAUCAUCACUGACAAUGAUACGAAGAACGAGGAGAUGAGAUUCCUAAGGCGCCAGGAGCUGAGGGAGCUGCGUCUCCUGCAGAAGGAGGAGCAGAGGGCCCAGCAGCAGCUCAGCAACAAGCUGCAGCAGCAGAAGGAGCAGAUCUUCCGCCGCUUCGAGCAGGAGACCACGCAUGUUCUGGUACUUGGACAGUUCUUUGUCCUGCUCGGCUUUGAUGCGUUUGGCCUCGUCCCGGAGCCGGUUGGUGUGCUCCUGCUCCAGCCGCUCAAUGGUCUGCUUCUGCUGCCGCUCCAGGUUCUCCACCUCCUGGUCGUACUGGCGCUUCUUACUCUGCAGGACACACACAGUCAUCCUUUUUUCCAGGAACAAGAGUUCCUUCAGAAGCAGCAGCAGGAUCUGGACAGCGAUCUGAAGAAGAUCAUCCAGCAGCACAAGCACGAGCUGGCCACCAUCGAGAGAGACUGCCUCAACCACAAGCAGCAGCUCCUCCGAGCUCGUGAGGCUGCUAUGUGGGAGCUGGAGGAGCGCCACCUGCAGGAGAAGCACCAGCUGUUCAAACAGCAGCUCAAAGACCAAUACUUCAUGCAGAGGCACCAGUUGCUGAAGAGACACGAGAAGGAGAUGGAGCAGAUGCAGCGCUACAACCAGCGUCUGAUCGAGGAGAUGAAGAACAAGCAGACGCAGGAGAGAACCCGGCUGCCCAAGAUCCAGCGCAGCGAGGCCAAGACGCGCAUGGCCAUGUUCAAGAAGAGCCUCCGAAUCACCGGUGCCUCCAUCACCCCCGAGCAGGAGAGGGAGAAGGUCAAACAGUUUGCAGCCCAGGAAGAGAAGAGGCAGAAGAACGAGAGGCUCCACCAGCAUCAGAAGCAUGAGAACCAGAUGAGAGACCUGCAGCUGCAGUGUGACGCCAACAUCCGGGAGCUGCAGCAGAUGCAGAACGAGAAGUGCCACCUGCUCAUCGAACAUGAGACCCAGAAGCUGAAGGAACUGGACGAGGAGCACAGCAUGGAGCUGAAGGAGUGGAGGGAGAAGCUAAGACCCAGGAAGAAGGCCCUGGAGGAGGAGUUUGCCAGGAAGCUGCAGGAACAGGAAGUGUUCUUCAAGAUGAGCGGGGAGUCCGAGUGCCUUAACCCCUCCUCCCAGAGCCGCAUCUCCAAGUUCUACCCCAUCCCCUCCGUCCACUCCACGGGUUUCUAGUUGAAACCUUGGCACACGUGCACAGACACAAUCAUGGACGUGAUGAGCAUACACACACACAAACCGACAGUAAAGAACCCGUGCUGCCUUGCCUUCAUCCUCUGAAAACAGUUUGAGGAUGUCAGGAGGUAUGAAGGCGAUUUUCAGAUUCAGUGUUUCGAUCCUCGCCUCAAAGUGAAGUAUCUCUCUCCCCAACCUUCUUUCCAUGAUUGAACUGUUUUUAUAAUAAAUAAUCCAGUGCCUGUA